UAGGAGAACGUCCGACAAACAGUUUAACUUACGAUGCGCUCGUGUAAAGUGCACAAUUGUGGUAGCUCCAUUAUCGCGUUGAUAAUUUGUGGCUUGGCGAUCGAUCCCGCGCUUGGUCGAUUGCAGCCGGCAGAGAACGUGUUUCCCACCGACGUGAACAAGGCGCUGCUGCCAACUGUGCGCCAAGGGUUGAAAGAUUGCCAUCUCCGGUACCACAAAUAUGGCGACUAUAACUUAAUCUAUCCGAUCUACGGAGUUCCUGUGCGUUUGGGUGAAUUUGCUCACAUGGCAGCGGUCGGUUGGACGGGAUCGGACGAAGCUGUUGAUUUCAGCUGUGGCGGAUCGCUAAUAACAGCACGUCACGUACUGACCGGUGCUCACUGUGGCAGCCGGGAUGGUGUUCCGCCGGAUGUCGUUAGAUUAGGUGUCAUCCUUAUCAAUACCACCAUCAACGAUCCGAACAACGAAUUCGCUCAACAAUACAAAAUUGCUUCCUUUAAGCGACACCCCGAGCAUAAAUUUUCAUCCUAUUACAAUGACAUUGCCAUCAUCACUCUGGAACGGGCGGUCACCAUCAACGACGCAGUAACACCUGCCUGCCUGUGGAACCAAAAUGAAGUGGACUUUCCACGUCUUGAAGCCGUCGGAUUCGGCCAAACUUCUUACGCCGGUGAUAAAACGCCAAUUCUACUCAAAGUACAACUCUCCCCCGUAUCGAACGAAGUGUGUAAAAAUUACCACAAUUCAAGUAUUCGAAAACUUCGUUCAGGAAUAGUCGAAGCUCAAAUGUGUGCUUAUGAUAGCAAAAUGGACACUUGUCUGGGCGAUUCCGGUGGUCCACUACAGAUUAAGCUCAUGUCCAAUCACCGAUCAACGCCGUACGUUGUUGGGAUCACCUCUUUCGGGAUGUUUUGCGGAACGGAAGCACCGUCAGUUUAUACCAGAGUGUCUUCCUACGUAUCAUGGAUUGAAACGGAAACUGGGGAAUCCUUCUCGCCGGAUGUCUGCGCUGCACGGCACAUUCGAUUGCGAGAAGCAGAUGAAUCCAUGGUGACCAAUCGAGUGGGAGAUCAUGUUUUCAUUGAACCCGAAAAGAGCUACAUGGACAUUGAAAUAAUGUCGAAGCAUCGAGCCUAUCUGGGGUAUUCCCGGGGCAACAAAAUAAGCUGGAACUGUGGUGGAGUGCUAAUCAAUGAAGAUUAUGUUUUGACGGUGGCGCAUUGUGACAAGUUUGUGUACAAUCAAACGCCGACCCAUGUGAAGGUUGGAGAUUUGGAUAUCCAUAACGAUAGCCCGGGGGCGCAGAUCUUACGGAUAGAACGAUUCAUCAAACAUCCAAACUAUAUGGAGGGAUUCCUGGAGAACGAUAUCGCACUGUUAAAGCUGGCUACGGACGUCAAAAUUGGCCCGGACGCGCUGCCAGCCUGUUUGGUAGAUAACGAGCUCACCAUGCCCAUGUACGAAAUGGCGGGCCUGGGACCGUACAAUUUGAACAACUUUCUACGCGAUAACGAAGCCAUUUCCAAUAACAAAACUCUUGUGCUGACCCGGAUGCGAGUCGAUCCAACGUCCUGCAAACGAAUGAACAGCCCGUACGUGAUGUGUGCGCAAAACAACAAAUUUCUGGUUCCACAAACGUGUAGAGUAGAGCACGGUGGUCCACUGGAGCGCGAAACUUGGCACUAUGACCGGUACUACACUUACGUCUUCGGCCUAACGGCAGCCGGGGAGAAUUGCGGCUUCGGUAAAGAGGCGUACUUCGUGCGAACAUCGGCCCACAUCAAGUGGAUCGAAUCGAUUGUACUGGGAAAGCAACAACAACCUCAGAACCGACGUUUUCGACGUCAGAUUGUCUUCCCGGAUGACGAUUAUUUCUCGUCGAGCUCGUACAGCAUGCUGGGAGUACCCUGUAGGACGGCUCAAAAUUCCGCAGGUGUUUGUCAGCAUUACAGAAACUGUCCGAAUGUUAAUAUGUCAGCACUUCUUCUAGUAAAAUUUUGCCGCCACGGUUUGGAUCCGAUCGUUUGCUGUGAGAAGCCGGCCGAAGAGGAAAAGUUCAGCAUGAAGAAGUGCGUCAGCUACUGGAAACAAUACAAGCGACGAGAGGACGACGAAUAUGAAAGCAUUCCUUCGGAAGGGCGACCCGUUCAGGAGGGAGAAUAUCCACACGUGGCUCUUGUCGGCAUCCAACAGAAUGGACGGUCCUACUGGAGUUGCAUUGGAGUCCUCGUUAGCGAUAGGUUCGUUCUAUCCAGUGCCGACUGCGUCAAAUCUCGUAGGCAGAAUGUUGUGCGCCUGGGGGCUGUCGAACUGGAAAAGGGUACUCAGGAUAUUUCCGUUGAGCAAAUUACCUUUAAUCCGGGAUACAACACUGCGGCAUCGAAGGGAAAUUUAGCAUUACUCAAGUUAGCAUCUAGGGCCAUUUUCAGCGACAGAGUUCUUCCGGCUUGCUUGUGGCCGAACCACUCCUCCGUUCCCUUGAAGCUCUAUACCUUAGGACUUGAUGAUGAUCACGUCAUCGUCCGUCCACGUGUGGCUCGAUACAACCAAGACUGUCGUAAAUUUUAUCAGCUCACAAAUCUCGUCGACGAGGAACAAUUUUGUGCUGAAAACUACUACUUCACCAACAAUUCGUGUCAGGAUAGGAACGGAGAUCCAUUGGAAGGAAUUAUUUCAACCGGAGACAUCAAAAUUUCCAUCGUCGUUGGACUUUCCUCGUACAACGUGGGCUGCCCCGGAGAAUCCGACUCCAUUACAAUCUACGCAAGGCUUUCGGCAUACAACAGUUGGAUUCGUUCGAUUGUAGAAUCAUAAUUUAUUUAAUCGCAGUUUUGAGAAAGAAAUGCAACAUACCCUUUCAAGUGGA